ACCUCAGUGCGCCAUGGCGUGUAUCAACACUGAGACGUGCGUCUCUUUUAGCGUCACAGUGUCCCCUGACGUCCCUGGUUCUUCCUGUCGUCUGUCGCGGUCGUCUGCUGGUGUGACAGAUUUGCAGCCAGGGAGCGGAUGGUCUUAUUUCGUUAUGGUUCCAAGUGCCAACUAUAACGUCUCUGGAACAGGCACGCCUUGCAGCGACCAGCCGUGUGACAAUGUUGGAGAUGUCUCUGCAGGUCCUACAGAGCGGACAUACUGUCAGUGCGAGCCCGGGAACGUCAACGUCCAGAUGGAGUGCGCUAGCCAUAAAGUCUGGUGUCCUUCGCGCAGCGCAUGCAUGCCGGAAGAGAGCAGUGCGCAUGACGGAUGUUGA